AUGGAUGGAUGGUAUUUUAAUAGCAAUUUCAGAGGAAAAAUAUUUGUAUACUUUUGUAAUUUUUGCAAUGAAAUUUAGGUGCUUAGAUAUUAGAAUAUAUCAAUAAAAAUAUAAGGGGUAAAGCGUUUUUAUUCAAAUGCCAUCAAUCAAAGAUUUUCGAUUUAUUUAUAUUUCAAAAUACCUAAAAAAUAUUAGUUAUUUAUUCUCAAAUGUUAAUUAGUAAAAUUAUUAAUUUAAAGCAAAUAAAUAAAUCUAAAAUAAAUGAGUAGUAGCUAUAAUAAAGCUUUGGGUACUAACAACAAUAAGAAUACAAAAAAUAAUUUAAAGGAUACAGAACAGAAAGGAGGUAUAUAGAUGAACGUUUAAGGAAUUCCUUUAAAAAAUUAGCAAGUUUAAACAAAUUAAAUUCCAGCAGCAGGAAAGCCUAGCAAAAAAAAUGAUAAAAAUGACAUGCUGAAUUAAUUAAAUAAAAAAGAAGAAAAAGUGAUAAAAAGUGAAGGAUCUUAAUAAGCUUAAAGUCAAAAAAAUACAACAUAGGUCAAGAAGGAUAGCUAAAUUAAAAAUUAAAGUCAACAAUAAUAACAUGAAAGUAAACAUUCUACUGAUAAUAAUAGUAAAGCAUAAAUUCCAUAAAAUGGUAGUAAUGCACCAAAUUUGUAGUAAAUUAAACAACAAAAUUAUGAUUACGAAUAACAUGGAUAACAACAUUUUGAUAGUGACUAGGGAGAAGAAUAAAAAGAACUUUAGCCAAAUACAAAUGAAUUAUCUGAUAAUGCAUUGAAAAAGUAAAAUUUAAUUUGCUAAUUGGGCAAUUUGGCUCUUUAAAGAGAUGAAUCUAAAGUUUAAAUCAAUAAAAUUUGUGAAGACAAUAAGAACUAAAGUAUAAAAAUUAGGAUUGACUAAGAUAAUUCAUUUGAAGCAAGCAUAGAAGAUUUAUUGAAAUAAAAAAUUAAAGAUUUUUAGAUAGAAAGCAAAUUAAUAAUAUACUCAAACUAUAUACACAGUUUAAAUAGUGAUGAUAUCAAAUUAGCUAUGAAAUAUAUCAGAAUAGUUGAUAAUAUACCCUUGCCUUAAAUUACUAAUCCUAGUAUUACUUAUGAUAGAAAUAAUUUCACCUACAAAGAGAGUAUUUAUAUGUAUGAAAAACCGACAAGUGCAUUAGAGAGACAUUGGUAUGUUAACUUUGCAGAUUAAAACUUAUUUGAUUUCUAUAACACAUCGUUAUUUGCAUAGGAUGAAAUCUAAGUUAGUGAGCAUCCUCUCCUUGCUCAUGUCCUUGAAAAAGUUUAAACACUAAAAAGCAAAUACCCUUAGCUAGCUCCUAAAACUUAUAAUGGCCUUACUCCUACUCCAAUUUUAAUCACCAACUGCCACAGAUUAGGUACAGUAGAUACUUAAGGAGCUAAAUUUUAUGGUAAUAAUUUCUAAAGAAUGACAAAACAGGAACUUUAAAAGAAUAUGAAAGUAUUUGAUAAAAAUAAAACUGUUUCUAAUAUAAUUUGUAUGGCAGCAAUGGGAUAUAAGCGUGGAUACUAUACUUAAGAGCAAAUUAAAUUUACACUUGAGACAGCUUAUAAAUCCUUUUAUGCUGCAAGAUAUAUUACUGAAUAAUAUAAUAUAUGCCAUAAGUGUGUGAUCAAUACUGGAAACUGGGGCUGCGGUGCAUUUGGAAAUAAUCCUGAAUGUAUUGCAUUAAUUUAAUUAAUAGCUGCUUAACUUGCAGGAAUAGAGAUUCUAGUUUAUCAUACAUUUAAUAAAAAUGGAACUUACAGUUUCAAAGACGGAUAAGACUACUAUCAAAAAUAUGUCCUUAAUAUGCAAGGUAAGAACCCAAAAUUGGAUGAUAUAGUUAAUUACAUUUACAACAUCAAAUUUAAAUGGGGUUAAUCAGAUGGAAACUGA